AUGCGUAAGAGGAUCGCAGGAGACAAGCCGUGUCCAGUCUACGGCGGCCCUUCUUCCGGCCCUCUUACCAUCGCCAACUCCGCUGUCAUGNACCCUUUUACCAUCGCCAACUCCGCUGUCAUGCUGCUGGAUAAGGUUAUGAGUGUGCUUCACAACGUCGAGUCGGGUAAAAUGCGUUUGGAACCAGACGUGUACGUUGACGGGCGCUACGUUACUUUCGCCGAUGAAUUCACCCCUCGUCGCGUAGAGCUUAUCUCCGAUUUCGUCCAGGAAUACUUGUCAGUUAGCCAACAAAUCGCCAAUGCUGACCAUGUCCACGUGUACCUCAUUACUGGCGAAGUCAUCACGAAGCCUCAUCGCGAGGUCACAGCCACCGAUUGGUUGCGUCUGUAUGUACGGGAACACGCGUUGACUGGGGGUGCGGCAGAGCUAGCUCGUUCGGCUUUCUCGGCGUUGACGUUGACUCCGGGGGAAGGGUGGUCUGCAGCGGCCGCCCGUGUACUUUCAGUAUUCCGCGCGACGCGUGCCGAUCCCGAGCGACCGUACAUGACCGAGCAGGCUUUGUUUUGGCGUUUCGCGACCCCGGUAGCGCUAAUCGAACUUUAUGACCGGGUUGUCGAGGUCUUACUACCUAACCCAUUCGACCGAAACGGAGUAUCCGCGAUCCUACACGAGACAGCGUACGAGACAACUUCCUCUCUCGGUCCUUUGCGUAUGGAGUGGCACGACCCCUUGGGGGAAGCGAUGGCACGACGGGGUGUGACAGCAGAAAAGUUGUUUCGCAAGUUCGUUGGCGUGCUAUCGGCGCGCAAUGCGUCGUACAUCACGCCGCCGCCGCCGCGUAAACAUUUAAAGGUAGCGGGUCCCGACCGUCUUUUUACGAUGGCGGAGGCACGGUCGCUGUUCGCUAACUCGGGGACCGGCGCGCCCUCGGCGUUGCCACCCCCCGUGCUGACUCAACCUUUCUCUGCUCUAGCGCCUGCCCCCGUACCAGCGCCGCCCGUAGCACCACAGGUCGCGGCGUAUCAGAACCGGACCGCCACGGCUCCCGGAGGCCAUGGCGUGCCGUUUGAAGCCCGUUCGUCAGCGCACCGGCCGGCCCCGGCCCCCUCUGCACCGGCCGCGGGUACCGCAUCAGCCCCUGCUCUGACCACCUCCACGCCGAGCGACACCCGACCGCCACCGUCCGCGUCGCGGACCGAGAUCAUCGACUACUUGCGCUCGCACGACGUGUGCUACCGCCAUGCCUUCUCGGGCACCUGCCGGCGCUCCCCGUGCAGGUGGAACCAUGCGCUUGUCCCACCGGCCCUGUACAAGGAGGUCUCGUCGCGGCAAGGAGCUGGCCGAGGCAAGCAUCGCGUAGCGUCGCCAUCACCGGGCCAAUACAGCUUGAUGUGCGAGUUCGGGAUCUUGUCGGAGGGGAGCGACGACGACCAGGCCGAAGGGGGCGCCGCUUCAAGGAGUGGAAGGUCUCCGGUCGUGGAUACGGUAUUCGCUUGUUGA